AUGUCUUCCAAACGCCGAAGCGCCAACUCAUCAAUACUCGCGCAGCCAUCGCCCGACCGCCCUGCCAAGAAGCUCAAGACAGUCUCUUCUGAGGCCGAUUCGCUGUCACCUCGCAAGACCCAGUUGGAACACGGGGCUCAAAUGAAGGCGGGGAGGUCAACACCACCUACGUCGCCAGCUUCGACUCUCGCUAGCAUGGGUUCACCGCUCCUUACUAGCUCACAAGAGACUGCUGAUGCUCCCUGGUCUCCAAGAACGUGUACGCCGCGUCCGGUACCUGUCAGCUCGCGUCCCGACGUCCCCAAAUGGUUCUCGGAGUGUUUUGAGUCGGACGGCUACAACACAGACGAAUUGAUCUUGAUUGGCCCUCCUCCGCCUUCACAGCGACGACGUACUUCAAUACUUUCGCAGAGUAGCUCACCGGGGUUCUCUGUUAUCGUACAAUCUGCUGGUGUGGCUCUUAACUCCGAGUGGUUAGAUGUUGACUGGCCUCCUGAAGUCACGCGUUUGAACGUCCAGUCUAAUCCUCUGGGUUUGAAGUUUCCUACGUUGAGUACAGGGAUUCGUGGUGACCAAGGGUGUGGCUGCGAGCCUCUAGCGGACGGUAGUGCUGAGAGGUCGACGACCAGGCUUCGCAAAUUACAGCGUUCAGGAGCAAAUGCUGCUCUGCACCGUGGUCAAACCCUCUACGGUAAACCCAAGCCGACCGGCAGCCAGGGCGAGGAGGUCCCGCUGCGCCACCGUCCAGUAUUGAUGGCGCAUGAGAUCCAGGCGGCUAUUGAGCUCAAGGGGGGUGCGCAUACAUCCCACGACGGCUGUGACCGCGGAGAAGACGACGAACAACUUCUUAAAGACGUCGAUGCGGCGACUUUAGCUGCGCGAGGGUUCAACGAGGACGAGGAGGACGUUGACAUCGAAUCUGACGAGAUGAACAGCGAGACGGCGCCUAAUCGAGACGUCGCGGAGGAUGUGGGGAACCCCACAGGUGAACACCAGUCACCAUCUCGCGAAGAGGAUAGUCAAGAAGAUCUUAGCAUCUCUACAGCAAUGGGGACGGUCAUCACAAGUCGCGGCACAUUUGAUAUGUCAUUGGCAAAUGACGUGUGGUCGGACGAGAACGACGAAGACCCCGACAGUAGUGAGGAGACCCGCACUCUUGACCAGGACGCGAGUGCUGAGCUUGGUGGCUCCACGCCAAAAGCAAAGGGUACACGAAACUCGACUGAUAGCUCGUCUCAAAGCGGGACAUACACGGCAAACAAGAGGAUCCGCGCAAAGAAACGCAUGCAGCUAUUAGAGAAGGAGCUCCAAGACAUAGAAGCCAAGCAAUCCCUAGGCGGCAAUGAGAUGAUAGGGCUCUUGAUGUUUAUGCGUGAAGAGUCGAAUCGCCGAGCGGGUCUUGAAGACAAACACAGACGAGAAGACAGAGAGGAGCGCUUAGCUGUCGAAAAAGCAGAGCGCGAGGAGCGCGAGAGGAUUUGA